AUGCUGCCGAGACUGGGCGGCCCCGCGCUGCCACUCCUGCUGCUGCUGCUGCUGGGUGCGGGUGGCAGUGGCGGUCGCGGGGUGCGUUCCGAGGUGCUGUUUCGCUGCCCGCCCUGCACGCCCGAGCGCCUGGCCGCUUGCGGACCCCCGCCGACUCCGCCUUGCGCCGAGUUGGUUCGGGAGCCGGGCUGCGGUUGUUGCUCGGUGUGCGCUCGGCUGGAAGGCGAGGCGUGCGGUGUGUACACCCCGCGCUGCGGCCAGGGGUUGCGCUGCUAUCCCAACCCGGGCUCCGAGCUGCCCCUGCAGGCACUGGUCCAUGGGGAGGCCACUUGCGAAAAGUUGCAGAACGUCACUCCCCAGCAGGUUGCAGAUAAUGGCGAGGACCACCCUGAGGGAAGCCUGGUCGAGAACAAUGUGGAUGGGACCAUAAACAUGUUGGGAGGCACGGGCAGUGCUGGCCGCAAGUCCCUCAAGUCGGGCAUGAAGGAACUGGCCAUGUUCCGGGAGAAGAUCAGCGAGCAGCAGCGGCAACUGGGCAAAGGCGGCAAGCAUCACCUCGGGCUCGAGGAACCCAAGAAGCUGCGGCCACCGACCCCUAGGACCCCCUGCCAGCAAGAAUUGGACCAAGUGCUGGAGCGGAUCUCCACCAUGCGCCUUCCGGAUGAUCGGGGACCCCUGGAGCACCUCUACUCCUUGCACAUCCCCAACUGUGACAAGAAUGGCCUGUACAACCUCAAACAGUGCAAGAUGUCCCUGAACGGGCGGCGUGGCGAGUGCUGGUGCGUGAACCCCAACACUGGGAAGGUGAUCCAGGGCGCCCCCACCCUCCGGGGGGACCCUCAGUGUCAUCUCUUCUACACUGGUCAAGAAGAGGCUCCUGCGGUACAAGACCAGCAGAUUCAGUAAUGCGCAGCCUGCCCGUGCCUGUCUCCUUCCUCCCCGCCCCCUCUCCAAAUCCGCCCAGCCGACAAUGGAGAGUGUCUGGGUGGUGGGGGUGGGGGAUUUUCCAGGAGCUUUGACACACGUGUAUUUAUAUUUGGAAGGAGCUCAGCACCACU